CAACCUACGUCAUCAUGCAAUGGUCAAUUCGUAAAUAUUUUUGCAGUGCUCCUAUCGUUUCGGCAGAUUGAAACUUUUUAAUAACCUGUUUUUGUUCAACUUAAAUAACGAUCAAUCCUCGAAAAAGAACAAAAUGUCCAGAAGCACCCGCCGGAGUACGCGUUUGAGCGAAGUUACUACGCAGCUUGAAGAAUCCAAAGAAAAUUCGACGCCGAAACGCCGUGGGCGACCGCCAUCGAAGCACAAAAACGAUAUCCCGGAGGAAAAUCCAGAAGUGACACCGCCUAAGCGAGCCAAGGGACGUAGUUCGUCACAGCAUCAGUUAAGAGAGGACAACGGAUUGGAAGCGGUAAGUGUUACAGCCGUGGGAUGUCUGCCGGAACGGGAAAAAGAGACGGAAGAUCUUGCAAGGCACAUCGAAGGAAUACUGGAGGUGAAUGGUUCGGGCAGUUUGUACAUCAGUGGUCCGCCAGGGACAGGAAAAACAGCCACCCUUACUAGGAUUAUAAGUGACCCAAAACUAGCGAAGAAACUUAGGAUGGUUUAUGUGAAUUGUACGUCGAUCAGUACUGUUGGUGGGAUUUACAAGAAGAUUUGCGAGGAAUUGAAUCUUUCGGCUGGUGGGUCUACUGAAAAGUACUAUCUGGCGGCAAUCGAAGAACACCUUAAGCGGAAACACAAAACAAUCAUGCUGGUGCUGGAUGAGAUCGAUCAGCUUGCGAGUAGUAAGCAGACUGUCCUGUACAACAUUUUUGAGUGGCCGUCCAAGAAGGGUUCAAAUCUGAUCCUGAUCGGCAUAGCUAAUGCAUUGGAUCUCACAGAUCGGCUGCUGUCCCGACUUCAAGCACGAUGUGAGUUGAAACCGCAUCUGAUCCAGUUCCUUCCUUACUCGAAGCAACAGUUGGUGAACAUUUUGAAGAACAAUUUGCGGCAGAAUCAGAAGGCAGAGAUGUUUAAUGAUGCAGCUUUGCAGCUGCUGGCGGCGAAGGUUGCGUCCACUUCCGGGGACGCCAGGAGGGCUUUGCUACUGACAAGGACUCUAGUUGAGUCCACUGAUAACGAGCACAGGCAGGAGCAGAAGAAAUCCAAAGGCGUUAAAACGCCACCGAAAGCCGUCCAAAUCCGAUCGGUCGUCAGCACCUUGAACCAGGUUUACGGCACCACCCAAACCAUGACCGACGACGAAGCGUUUCCGCUGCAGCAGAAGUUACUGGUGUGCGCCGUUCUGCUGAUGCUGAAGGCAGCCAAGAACAAGGACAUCACAGUCGGAAAGUUGCACCAGGUCUACAAAGCGGUUUGCGCCAAACGGAAUCUCCACUCGGUGGACCAAACCGAGUUCGGUAAUCUCUGCUCGCUGGUUGAGACCAGGGGGAUCCUGCGGGUGCAAGGUAAGAAGGAACCGCGGCUGAAUCGUGUCCUGCUGCAGUGGGACGAAGAGGAAGUGCACAAUGCACUCAAUGAUAAGCAGCUGAUUGCCAGCGUGCUUAGCGAUGCUUCGUGCGUCGGAAAAUGACUGAAUCUCGUUUUAAUAUUGUUUUUUAAGACUAUUUUAACUUAUUUUGACACCUUUUAUAAGUAGAACUAAAAUAUAGGAUUAAAUUCAA